AUGGCAGUAUUUCGCACUAACGCGGCGGCCGAGGAACCGGUCCUCCAAGGCGACGUUCGGCAAAGGCCAACUGGGCUGGCCGGUAUUUGGGCCGCAAUCUGGAGCUUCUCAAAGCGUAAGCCCUUGGGUGCCAUUGGAGCUGUGGUGAUUCUCGCAGCAGUCGCCGUGGCGGUCCUUGCGCCCUGGGUAGCUCCUCACAACCCCGAAGGCGUGGGCAUUGCUAAGAAGUUCUCACCUCCGGGCACCGAAAGCGCUCCUCUGGGGACCGACCACAUCGGGCGUGACGUGCUCAGUCGCCUGAUCCACGGUGCCCGUAUUUCCAUGUACGUGGGAAUUAUGACUGUCCUCGUCGGGAUCACCAUCGGGACAAUGGUCGGAAUUUCCAGUGCCUACAUGGGCGGGGUCUUUGACAUGAUUGUUCAAAGAAUUGUCGACGCCCUGAUGGGGUUCCCUCCGAUUAUCCUGGCCCUGGGGCUGAUGGCGGCCCUAGGUGCCGACAUCAACAAUGUGAUAAUCGCGCUUGUGGUGAUCCUGGUCCCCGGCGCCACGCGGGUAGUCCGCUCGGAGGCACUGCGAAUCAAGGAAUUGGACUACAUUCUGGCGUCCCGCGCCAUUGGGGCGAAUCCGGUUCGUGUGAUGUGGAACCAUAUACUGCCCAACGUGGCGGCGACGUACAUUGUGCUGAUGACCAUCACGCUGGGAUUCGCCAUCGUGGUGGAGGCGUCGCUCAGCUUCCUCGGCGUAGGCGUGCCCGAGGGUGUUGCAACCUGGGGCAGCAUGCUGGAGAUCGGCCGCGAGCACAUCCAUACGCAGACAUGGCUCGUGGUCUUUCCCGGGGUCAUCAUUGCGGCUGUGGUAUUCGCCGUCAACUUCCUUGGCGACGGCCUGCGGGACGUCCUCGACCCGAGGCUACGGGGACGAUAA